UUCACAGAAGAAGAACUCACUUCGAUGACUACAGUGGUCCAACUUCAACUAUUUUAGAGGUUUUUUUUUUUUCUUUUCUUAUUUCAGAGUCGUGAAUUGGUGCUAUGUCUUCUGAAAUGACUGGACAGACACCGUGCCUGACCAGCCGAUGGGAUCAGCCUGCUCACCCUAAAAGUGCAGAUACAGUAAUACAGAACACAGUUGAAAAUGCAGCCCAUUCUAUCUCUUUGUCUGAAGUUGUCGGGUCUGCUGGGUCGAGCCAGCCACUGCAGGCAGGAGCUGAAUUGUUGACAUCAGAAAUAGAAAAGCCAGUAUCCCGAGGAGGAGUGGAAAUGGCUGCAGCCAUGGCUGCUAAAAUAAAUGCUAUGUUGAUGGCAAAGGGAAAGUUGUUGACACCCCAACCAUUACUUCCAAAGACUUCCCCAAGUGUACAGGUUCCAAUCCACACAGAAGCGACAUUAGUCACAGAGGUAGACAUAAAUGACGUCCCACUAAAUUGCAGGAACCUUCUUACGAAAGGGAAAACACAGGAGGAGAUUCGACAGUUUAGUGGAGCUGCCAUCUCCACAAAAGGCCAUUACAUGUCUGAAGUGGAAAAAGGAGAAGGACAAAGACCUUUGUAUUUGCAUGUCCAAGGAAAGACGCAAGAACAAGUCAAUAAAGCUGUGAUGAGAAUAAAGGAGAUCAUCUCUGAGGAUGUGAUGAGGGCUUCAGCAGCAUCUGGAGGACAACAGUUGCCUGUAAUACCACCAAUUACACUCUACCCUCAGCCUCCCCGACCUGCCAUUCCUGCACCUGUGCCACGGAUGCCCAUCACCAACUCGGUAUCAGGCCAGGGGCAUCGGCCUGCGGCUCCUCAUUCAGGGAAUUUUGUGCACACAAAGAUUUUUGUGGGUCUGGACCAUGCCUUACCCUCAUUCAAUGUGAAUGAAAAGGUUGAGGGUCCUGGUGGUUCUUACCUGAAUCACAUCCAGACAGAGACGGGGGCUCGGGUCUUUCUCAGGGGAAAAGGUUCUGGCUACAUUGAACAAGCAUCUAAACGAGAGUCCUUUGAACCUCUUUAUGUCUACAUCAGCCAUCCAAAUCAAGCUGGAUUGGAUACGGCGAAGAAACUGACUGAGAGUCUGCUAAAAACUGUGACAGAUGCAUAUGCCCGAACAGUGUCGACAUACACACCCACCAGCUCAAACCAACCAUAUGCAGCACAUGGAUUUCCACCUAAUAGCAAUUACUCUAGCCAGGCGUCCUGGUAUAGCUACCCAGCAAAUGGGUAUGCUGGUGGCUAUUCAGCGUACCCAGGAGCCGGUGGUUAUUGGAGUAAUGCAAAUGGUCCCCCAAGUCAUUCUAACAUUUCGACAAACCCUCCAUCUUCUCAGGCAAUGGUUCAGUAUCCAGUGUGUCCAAGGAACCCGCAUCCAUAUCUCAACCAGAAGGAUCCUGGAAGCAGCGAGACAGUGGAGCCUGAAGCAAGAUUAAGCAUCCACCCUGAGCCAGGAAGUCCUAAACGUUUGCAGGAGGAGGCAGAAAAGGAACAGCCCACAGCCAGCCUUCCAGACAGUCCUCCUCAUGAUGAGUCCACAUGCUUGGCCUCCAGCGUUGCAGACGACAAUGCAGAAGAAAGGGUUCUGAUGCCUCCGCCUCCACCUCCGUUGGUGACUCCUGCAGCUAUUACACGCAAAAGGCCAAGAGACACAGUGACAGAAGAUGAAGUCAGUUUGCCCAGCAGCACCGCACCAAUGGCUGUUACAGGUUGUCAAGCAGAGGUGUGCAAGAAGCAGUCAAAAUUGGAUGAAGAUGCAUCUGGGCUGGUGCCCUAUGGAGGAGAUUCCUCCGAUGAAGAGGAGGAAACGACACACAGCAGUAAGACGGAUAACUCAUAACGCCAACUCUGUUCCCUUCCUGUUGUUUAGGAGAUCCACAGCCCAAAGUGUAGCUGUCUUAAAAAGUUCUCAAAAGUAUUAAAAGGAAAAUCCACCCCUGUAUUAUUUUACAGUUCACAGACCACAACAGUGUUUUCCAUGUUUUCUCCUGUUUACUACAAACCAUUUCUGUAUCAUUGCUGACUUUUUUCAAAGUAAAGUCAUAAAUGUUUGAGUUUUGUAGAUGCAUUUUCCCCAACGCCUGCUCUUCGGUUUAAUUUAUUUGGACUGUUGCGUACUCAGCACCUGUAUAGCUAGUAUUUUGAUUGGCUGGCAGUAGUAGAGUAGUUUUUACAUUUAAUAGGUUUGUCUAACAUUUCAGAAACAGUUUUUAAAAAAUGCCCACCAUGAUUUCAGAUUACCAUUAUGGUAGACAUGGGCCGGUAUGAGAUUUGGACGGUAUGAUACCCGUGGGCAAAAAUACAGUGGUUUCACGGUAUUAUGUAUAGCGUUAAAAUGUGCUUUAACAACAUUAUGACUAUUUGCAUAUGAAACACGUGUGAUGCAGGCACACAAAUUGACGUGAUGUCUACCACUACGAGCUCUAUACCACUGUUAAAUUUAGAGAAAAUACCAAAAUAAUAGUCUCUCUUUUACACAUGUAGCAUCUGCCCCGUGUGAAACAUGACUUACUUGCUGAGGGAGAAACGUGGCUGGAAUAAGGUCCGGAACUCUGGAUGCUCAAUAUUGGUCCGGCUUCACCAACAAAGUGCUUUGAAAAGAUGUAUUUGUCCUUUUUGACAUGUUUGUGUGAGAAAUUUGGUCGACCACAAGCAUGACUCGAGUCCACCAUUUGUACUUCUCAGUGGUAUCAAAGAUGGGAUAAAGUUUACUCCUUUCACGUAAUCCUUUGCAGGUAUCUUGAAUCAUUCCCUGUCUGACACAGGCCAUAGCUACGGUGCUUUGUUGCCACCGUUUUUGGCUUGAAGGGCUCUUCACAGAAAAUAAAACGAGAAAGCCGACUUGGUCCUUUUAGACAGAGGGAAAAGUUCAGCGCAGGCUUCGCCUCUUUCAGCCAUGAUGCAGAGCUAGCUAAUGUUAGCUGCCUGUUUGUAAACAGAGACAGAGGUGUGCGCCAGGGGGGAGGGCGGCAGCAGCCACUUCCGCUCUGCCUGUCAAGAAUUAUCAUAACCCGCUCAUACCAUAGGGACGGUAUAACAGAAAAUUUUUGUGGUUUUGAUACAGUGGCCUUGUCAUACUUUUCGGUAUACCGUGAAACCAGUUAUCGGCCCGUGUCUACAUUAAGGCCAGCCUUACCAGUAACCUAAGAGGAUAACUUGAUGUCUUUGGCAUUGGGGCUUUCUGGAGAAUCACUGAGUACUGUGAAUAUGAUUUAAGGUCAUGUGAGUGGUUACUUAAGACUCACGUAAAGCCUGCUGCAUGCAUCAUGAGGGAAUGACAGCUGAAACACUUCAGUUGCAGUGAGAUUGCUGACCUUGAGCCAGUAUUCAGGUGUCUGAUUUAGGACUACAGGUCUGUCUUGGUGAUUCCUGGUUGGUACCCAGAUCCAUUGACUGAGUUGAUGGUGAUAUGACAAUGCAGAACACUAGCAUAUGCUCCUAAACUAAUUCUGAAUCAUACCAGGUCCUUGAUGGCAACUACCCAGGGAGACAAUCAUUCCAUCCUUACCUCUCAAAGGUACACAGCCAGGUGAAAUGUGGGCAUCCCCUUGCCAUUUUCCAACCACUGGAGUCCUCAACCUUCAAGCAUCUGCAUGCUUGAUCAUGAGCAGAGAAAUGUGCCAUGUGGCCAAAAUGUCGUAGCUGGAGUUCCUUCGUUAUACAAGUGAUGCUCAUCUGAAUUUCCUUAAGUAACUGCUUGAAACUGAGUCAUUUCAGCUACACCCAAGGAUCCUCCGUACAGACCUAAUACCAAAGACACCUUGUCAUUGCCUUAGAUAACUGGUUACAGUCCAGCUUUCAUAACCACACUGAAAGACAGGACCCUAAAGAUGUGGAUCUUUCUUCUCCUACAAAGAUGUUGGUAUCGAGAAACGCCUCUCUAUCCAGCAACAUCAUGACUCGAGUAGCUCUUCCCAAGUAUGUCUAAAUCCCAACAAACACUCUAGUUUACAAUCUAAAAAAAAACUAACUCUGGGAUUUUUAUACUCCCCAGAAAUUUAAACAAUGAGCAAACAGGUUUAAAGCUGCUUUAAACCAUCUUCAGCCAGUCUAUCCCCAAUGUGGAACAAUUUUAAUACCAUCCCCCACCCCACCCCAAUCUAGAUAAAGCUAUUUUAGGGUGUAUUUUCAUUUAGUGCUGUUGUCAAACCCAAUUUAAAAACACUAUAAAGCAGUUUAUGUUUGGUACAAAACGUCCAGCUCAGAAUUAUCCACACACUUGAAUUUUAAGUACAGAAUUGAAAAUAUGUUCAGAAAUAAAUGCAGAUAUUUAAUGAAAUCUGUAAAGUUAUUGAACAACAAAAUGCUUUCAUAUACAGGAAUAACAAAAUACAAAUGUUGGUUAGCUGAUGUUUAUUGGCCAGUGUUCUUGAGAUGUCAGUGGAUGGAUACCGGAACAUUUCCAAGUCACUUAAUAUGUCAUAAACGUCUUUUAUAUCAAUCAUUCAGAAACACGAGCAGCUUGGUAAAUCUAUCUGGAGUGACCGUGCUAGAAGGAAACAAGUGAGGGAAGUCACAAAGAUGCCCAUUCUGUAGCUGUGAUUGGAGAAACUGGCCAUAAUAGAACUUUUUUUGCCUGCUGGACCUUAUAGGUUCAUGGUGGAGUGCCACUGAAAAGCACAUUAAUAUAUAAGAAAACUCUCCCUCCUGUCAAACUGUAGCUGAAAUUUCACAUCUUUUCAAUAAAGUCAUUGUCCGCAUUUCUGAACAUACUUGAGAUUUUGUACUUUAACAUCAAGGUUGUUAAUAAUUCAAAGCAGGGCUUUAACAGGAUUUUGGGUGGAUCUCUUAAAAAACUGCAUUUAUAAUUGUAAAAAUCUACAAAUGUGAUUUUCUUACCUUGAAAUAAUUUUCCUUUCAAAUUAUUCAUCAAAAAGUCCUUUCUUUUGUCUCCCAUUAAUGGCUCUGCUGCACUUACUGCUGGUAUUGAUACAUAUUGUAAAAUUCAGUGAAACCUUUUCUUAUUUUGGAAAAUGGUGUCUGCCUGUUCCCAUGGAAUACUGUAAUAAAAACUAAAAUUA